CACAGAUUUCAUAAAUCAAAAGGAAGUAGACUGGGCCAGAGAACUUUAUAGAAUCGGUUACGAAAUUCAGUCAACAGUCGAAGACAACACAAAUCAUUGUGACUGACUGAUGGUGCGAAUUUAUCAAGAUGGAAAAAGAAAUAGUGAUAAGUGUUCCAACCGAUGAGAGUGAAAAUAUCGAGAUUGAUGCGCAACCAACUGAUGAGACGGAACGCAUUGACGAUGAGAAAGGCUUGCUACAAAAUACUAAGACGAUCGUUGCGGAUCACAAUAUGAAAUCGGAAAACGAAGAUGAACAACAUUUGGUGCCUCAUUCACCUGUUUACCAAAAAACCGUUGAAAGUUCACCAAAAAAGAUCAAUCUCAUUUCAUCGACGAUUGGAUCAAUAACAUCGCUGAAAUCAUUCGAGAAGACUUCUACGAUAAAAUGCCGGACGAUUUUGUGGUAUAUGUCGUUUGUAGGUUUUAUGGUGAAUUACAUCUAUCGAUUGAAUGUAAAUAUUGCCAUCGUUGAAAUGGUUGCCAAAAAGACAUCAGCUACAUCGAGUUACCAUCCAUCGGAAUGUGUGGUGGCAUUCAAUCAAACAAUCAACUCAUCCGCAGUGCAAGUGUAUGAUUUUCCAGUUGAUUAUUCAACCAAAUUUGAAUGGGAUGAGUUGGAUCAAAGCCGUGUACUGGGCUCAUUUUUCUGGCUUCACUGGACGCUUCAGAUUGUUGGCGGGAUAUUAGCAUCUUGUUAUGGAACCAAGGCAAUUUUCGGUUUGUCAAAUUUUGUGUCAUGCUUUCUGUGCUUCUUCAUUCCAAUGGCUGCCAAAUUCCAUGUUAACCUAUUGAUUGCAAUCAGAGUAGCUCAAGGCAUAAUCUCGGGCUUAGCCUGGCCUGCAAUGCAUCAUUUAGCUUCUCAAUGGAUUCCGCCCGAUGAACGCAGCACAUUUAUUACAUCGUAUUUGGGAAGUUCGGUUGCAAUCGCAUUUUUCUAUCCUGCAUUUGGAUUUAUACUGAGCAUUUGGUCAUGGGAGUCCGUAUUUUAUCUGAGCGGAAUUUUUGGUAGCGUUUGGUAUGUGGCUUGGCUUUACUUUGUCUACGACUCACCGGAUCAACAUCCGAGAAUUGAUCCAGCAGAACGGGAUUAUAUUGAAAAGUCUUUGGGUGGUUCCUUUCACGCGGGUGACCAAAAAACACCAUGGAAGUCGAUACUUCGAUCAAGUGCGGUUUGGGUGAAUAUCUGUGGACAAUUUGGUGGAUUAUGGGGACUGUUUACAAUGAUGACGCAGGCGCCAACUUAUUUCCGUGUUAUACACGGUUGGGGUGUCCAAAUGACCGGCAUAUUAAGUGGCAUUCCUCAUUUGUGCCGUAUGGUGUUUGCGUAUUUCUUCUCAAUAUUCGUUGAUUCAUUGUUAAGGAAACAGGUCAUGUCGCGAACAAAUGUGCGAAAAUUGGCGGGCGGCGUAGCAACCAUUUUCAAUGGGCUUUUUGUUCUUGCCCUAGCAUAUUCUGGCUGUAGCUCAACAGCAGCCGUUGUAUUCCUUACAUUGUCCACUUCAUUACAUGGCGCUGUAUCAGCCGGACCACUUGCCAGUCUCAUUGACAUCAGUCCAAAUUUCUCUGGCAUAACGCUUGGAUUGAAUGGGGUGUUUUGCGUUUCGCCUGGAUUUAUUUCACCCUGGAUUGUUGGAAGAUUGACCCAUGGAAAUCAAUCGAUUCAACAAUGGCAAUAUGUAUUUUUGAUUUGCGCAGCUGUUCUACUGUUCUGUGGUGCAGUAUACGUUUUGUUUGCAGAUUCGACAUUGCAAAGUUGGAAUCAACCCGAAACUACUUCAAAAUCAAACAAAGAUAAAGAGAUGAAAGUGAUAAAAAGUACCACUCAAAAUGAUUUGGACCCAGUCAGAGAUUGUAAUUGAUUAUUGUUGAUUGAAAUAAAAUUAUCUUUCCUUUUAA